AUGGCAUUCUUCUCAUCUGCAUCCACGCCCAGCACGUUUGGUGCACGCCCUGCGGCCACCCCGGGGCAGAUCAAUACUUCGGCAGCGACCAAGACAAGCGGCGAUCAGGAUCAAGAGGUCGCACCCGGCGCCACCGACACCGUCAGCUGUCUCGCAUUCUCUCCCACCGCCGACUUCCUCGCCGUAGGAAGCUGGGACAACAACGUUCGCAUCUACCAAAUCAACAAGACUUCCCCAACGCCCGUGCAACCGUGGCAGCAGUAUUCACACGAAGCGCCAGUGCUCGAUCUUUGCUGGAGCACCGACGGCGCCAAAGUGUUUUCCGUCGGAGCCGAUAAGGUGUGUCGUAUGUUCGAUAUGAACACUAAUCAGCCUACGGUGGUGGCACAGCACGCUGAUACAAUCCGAAGCGUUUGCUGGUUAAACGUCGCUGGCGGCGUGUUGCUGACAGCGGGUUGGGACAAGCAGUUGAAGAUCUGGAAGAUCGACAAUCCCGCAUCGCCGCAGGCGGUGCAUUCAUUGACGCUGCCCGAAAAGUGUUACGUCAUGGACAACGUGCAAAACGUAGUUGUAGUGGCUAUGGCCGAGCGAAUGGUUCUUGGAUUCCGAUUGGAAGAAACAGGCUCCAUCACGCCUCUCACCGAACAGCAAAGCCCUCUCAAGUACCAGACCCGCUCCAUGGCCGUUCUUCCAGAUGGUGAUGGUUACGCUCUGGGUGGAGUAGAAGGUCGUGUAGGAGUACAAUACUUCCACGAUCCACCAGACAAGGACAACAAGGUCAAGAAAUUCGCCUUCAAAUGCCAUCGUCGCGCCAACGCCGAUCACCCAGAGGUACCGCGCAACGAGUCGCACCUCUUCCCGGUCAACUGCAUCGCAUUCAACGUUCACGGCACCUUUGCGACAGGAGGUGCAGACGGAAGCAUCAACUUUUGGUGUAAGCAGUCGAGGACCAGGUUGAAGACCAUGGAAACAAAGGGUCCGGCUAACGCGCCCAAGGAGUUGCUCAAGACGAACCCGGCUAAACAGCCAAUCACCGCGAUCGGAUUCAACAGAGACGCGACGAUUCUGGCUUAUGCUGUCGGAUACGAUUGGCAUAAAGGCUAUGCUGGGGCGGGGGCGGUGGAGCCGAAAGUGUACAUACAACCGGUCAACUACGAGGACGUGAAAAAGAGACCUCCCAAAGCAUGA